AGGGAGAGCGAGGCGGGCGGCGCGGGGGAGGCGGCUGGUGAAGAGCAGCCGCCAGCCCUCCCGCGGGUCACUCGGAGGCCCGGCGGCGGGCGGAGGACGCACCAUGCCCUCCUUCGACGAGGCGCUGCAGAGGGCCGGCGAGUUCGGGCGCUUCCAGCGGCGCGUGUUCCUGCUUCUGUGUCUGACGGGCGUCACCUUCGCCUUCCUCUUCGUCGGCGUGGUCUUCCUGGGCAGCUGGCCCGAGCACUAUUGGUGCCGCGGGCCGAGCGCAGCGGCGCUGGCCGAGCGCUGCGGCUGGAGCCCGGAGGAGGAGUGGAACCGCACGGCGCCCGCACUCCGCGGCCCCGCGCCCCCCGAGCGCCGCGGCAACGGCCGCUGCCAGCGCUACCUCCUGGAGGCGGCCAACAGCAGCGCCGCCGUGGGUGCACUCAGCUGCGCCGACCCGCUCGCCGCCUUCCCCAACCGCUCUGCGCCCCUAGUGCAGUGCCACGGCGGCUGGCGCUACGCCCAGGCCCACUCCACCAUCGUCACCGAGUUUGACCUUGUUUGUGUCAACGCAUGGAUGUUGGACUUCACCCAAGCCAUCCUGAACCUAGGCUUCCUGGCUGGGGCGUUCACGUUGGGGUACGCAGCAGACAGGUAUGGCAGAAUAGUCAUUUACUUAAUAUCCUGUUUCGGUGUGGGCAUUACCGGAGUUGUGGUGGCAUUUGCACCAAAUUUCCCUGUGUUUGUGAUCUUCCGCUUCCUACAAGGUGUGUUUGGAAAGGGCACAUGGAUGACUUGCUACGUGAUUGUGACAGAAAUAGUAGGUUCAAAACAAAGGAGGAUUGUGGGAAUAGUGAUUCAAAUGUUCUUCACCCUUGGAAUCAUAAUUCUCCCUGGAAUUGCCUACUUUAUCCCCAAUUGGCAAGGGAUGCAACUAGCCAUAACGCUGCCCAACUUUCUCUUCCUCCUUUAUUACUGGGUGGUUCCUGAAUCUCCCCGCUGGCUGAUUACUCGGAAGGAAGGAGACAAAGCAUUAAAAAUUUUGAGGCGCAUUGCUAAAUGCAAUGGGAAAUAUCUCUCGCCAAGUUACUCAGAGAUCACUGUUACAGAUGAGGAAGUUAGUAAUCCAUCCAUUUUAGAUCUGGUGAGAACUCCCCAAAUGAGGAAAUGCACACUUAUACUUAUGUUUGCUUGGUUCACAAGUGCAGUGGUGUACCAGGGACUUGUCAUGCGCCUGGGAAUCACAGGAGGCAACCUCUACGUAGACUUUUUCAUCUCCGGAGUAGUAGAGCUACCAGCAGCUCUAUUGAUCUUACUGACCAUUGAGCGGGUUGGACGACGCCUCCCCUUUGCAGCAAGCAACAUUGUGGCAGGGGUAGCAUGUCUUGUCACCGCAUUCUUACCAGAAGGAAUACCAUGGUUAAGAACAGCAGUUGCUACCCUGGGAAGACUAGGGAUAACCAUGGCCUUUGAAAUUGUUUAUUUGGUAAACUCAGAAUUGUACCCAACAACAUUACGAAACUUUGGUGUUUCACUCUGCUCAGGUGUGUGUGACUUUGGGGGAAUUAUAGCCCCGUUUCUACUCUUUCGACUAGCAGCCAUAUGGCUAGAACUACCUCUGAUCAUCUUCGGUAUCUUGGCAUCGGUUUGUGGUGGCCUUGUGAUGCUUUUGCCUGAAACCAAGGGUAUUGCCUUGCCAGAGACAGUGGAUGAUGUCGAAAAACUUGGCAGCAGGAAAAAGAAAACCCAGGUAUCCAGCUCUCACCUGUGAGACCCCUGCAACUCCAGAGGAAGGAGCUAUUGGAGUCGACCCUCCUGGAGAAACUGAGCCUCCAGAGAUGUACCUGUGCACUUCAGCUUCAUUAUGUAGCGCCGAUUCAAGUGUCUUUGAUGCCAUAUAAAGACCUGCAGACUAUCCAGAGUAUUUUUAUACAAUAUUGGAUGAGUUCAGAUUUAUCAUGCAAUUGAAGUUUCUGGGAGCAUACGAUACGUGACUGGGUGAGCAAAGAGCCUACUCAAUGCACGACCCAUCCUAUUUGCUUUUUUCUAGUGUUGGGAUCAGCAGUCUCUGACUCAUUCAGUCACAGAGGGACAAGAGAAGCCCCACCUGAUCCUUAUCAGAAAUGCAGGCUGUAUAACCAAGGAUCCAGGAAAGGUGUAUGGAGAUGCAUUCAUCGCAUCUGAUUAAAGCACACAGCACCGAUAAGUGUCAGGAAGAGUCCAUGAAGGAUGAUGGUUUUCCCGAGCCACACCAAACUGAGCCUUUGCUUUCUCUGCUCCCCAGGUUCCAGGCCUUUGCAGUCUGGACAAGCCAUGUGUCCCUCCCACCCACCUUCUCUGCAGCAUCUGGAGUUUCAGGCACAGGUUAGACCUCAUUCCAUAAAUAAGCACAGUUCUGGUGUAUAAUUUGAGGAUUUGGCUCUAUUAUUUUAAAAUCAGGUUUGAGUCCUAAGAUUAUUUGCAAUAUUUUUAGUUUCCUUUAGUGAACACCUAUAUAACCAGAAAUUUCAUUCUUUAGAGAAGAAAACCCACAGAUUAUGAUUUCCUGGGUCUUAGGAUUUUAAAAGCAAAGGGAUAGGGCCGGGGAUUUAGUUCAGUGGUUCCAGUGCCUGUCUUGCAAGUGAAAGGACCUGAGUUUGAUCCCCAGUACCAAAAAAACCAAAAACAAAAGUAAAGGGAUAUUUGUGUUAUAUUUAUGAGUUCUGUUCCAGUGGUACCUGUGGUCAAGAGUGAAAAAUAUGGACGGUUCUCAUUCAAUCUUUGCCCUUUGACUUACCUUGGAAAAAAAGCUUACAUUUUCACAUAAAGAAAAUGUCAAAUAUAUCCAAGCUUAAAAAGAAUUAGCAUCAGCUUUAUAAGUGACUUUAGAGAUAUGCAUAAGAAUUUGCCUUUUGUGUUAUCAAGACUCUUGAAAUGUGGAAGUUAAACACAAUGUUCUGCUUUGUGUGUUUCAUCUGUUAUAUUUUCAAAAUCUAAUAUAUAUCUUAUGCCGAAGUUUUUAAUGAAGAACUUUAUGUGGAUAGACAAAAUGAGUAACAAAGGAAAACCUUGCCAUUGAGAAAGAAAACUUCUAUGAGAACAUAUAUAUGUGACAGUAUUAAGAUGUGUGUGCUGAUUGUAAAAUAAACUUUGUGUGUGUAUGUGUAGUACUGGGGAUAGAACCCAGGGCCUCAUGCAUACCAGGUAGGCGCUCCACCACUGAGCUACACCCCCAGCCUAAAAUAAAUGUCUUAAUCUUUAAAGCACAUCAGAAUUUCAUAUGAACAUUUUAUUCAUCAAUAAAGGAAAUACACCUUUUUGAGGAUUUGAUGCUGCAUUCAUCCUGUAUUCACAGACACUGAUGUUUUUGCUUUUUUUUUCAUCUCUUUACUGUGAGAUGGCAGUUGCUUUUUGAUACUAUCACCUUUGAGUUGUAUUGGAAGUGGACAUUUUUGUUUGAUAACAAUAAAAAAUUUUAAAUUGUUAAAAAA